CACGCGGCGGCAUUUCCCGCGUGUAAGCGGAGAAAGAGCCCGGUUUCUUUCGACUUGCGACGAGACCGUUGCAUUUUUGAAAAAGUAAAGGCGGUUAAAAUUUACUGAGAGCCAGCCAAACAACGUAACUCAAGAGCCGAAGCUCGAUCGAUCCUACUUUUAAAAUUAUCUUUUCCAAAAAUUAGAUGCAUUAGCUUAUUGGUUCUUGGAGUCAUCAUCAUGGAGACAUUGAUACUUACGCCUACGCAGAAGUACGCAGUGGCUGGUCUUUUCGCUCUGGCACUUCAUCAGACACAUGUUCACCAAGAGCGGACUUCAAAGCCUCUUGGAUCCCUCGAAAAAGAGCCUAUUGGCGAAGGCGUGGAAAUCAGUAACAAUGUUGAUUCGGAUCAUCCACAGCUUUGGAUCGAUGAAAAUUCUGGCUUGCUUUCGCCUGUUUUUAGGUUUUUAGGGGUGGACGAACAAAGGCACCAUGGUAUUAAGGAAACAGUUGAGCUCUCCUCACAGUUAAGGCACCAUGUUGGAUCGUUCUUGACUUUACUCUCAGCGGAAAGUGUUGUAACUUCAGAAAAAACAAGCAAGGAACUUGCUUUGACCAAAACUGUUGAUGCCAUGGUGCUUAGCAUGGAAAGCUCUGCUACCUCUUCUGAUAUUUCUGGGAAUUGUGAUUAUGAAAACAAAUGCCAUAAGAAAUAUUCCCUCAGUAAUGUAGAACCAGCCACCGAUGUCAAGGAAACCAUGCAGGAGGGGAUUUCCAAGGCGUCCAAAGAAGAGAAAGUUCCAAGUAGAUCUGCAACUGAAAUUUCGGAGCAACAACUGGAAGAGGAAACACAGCUCACAUACCAGACAAAAGUAGCAGUUCUUUAUGAGCUUCUUUCAGCUAUUUUAGCUGAUAAUACUGAUUUUGACAAGAAUUGUUCUCGACAAAAGGGUUAUGAUGCCAGAUACCGUGUGACUUUACGUUUACUGUCAACAUGGCUCAAUGUCAAAUGGAUUACAGUGGAAGCCAUAGAGACAGUAGUUGCCUCCUCAAUGGCAGCCAAGCAGGAGCAAGGUGAAAAUGAGGAUGGAAAUAGUACUUCUGAAACCCCUGGUGCCAACUGGAAGCGUGGAGGUGUUAUUGGUGCAGCUGCUCUAACGGGAGGAACCUUGAUGGCAAUUACUGGUGGCCUAGCUGCCCCUGCAAUAGCACAGGGAUUGGGUGCUUUGGCUCCUACUUUGGGCAGUGUUGUCCCUUCAAUUGGAGCAAGUGGAUUUGCUGCAGCAGCUAGUGCUACAGGAUCAGCUGCUGGUUCAGCUGCCAUUUCUGCUUCAUUUGGAGCCGCUGGAGCUGGCCUUGCAGGGAGUAAAAUGGCUAGAAGAGUUGGGAGCCUUGAGGAAUUUGAGUUUAGAGCUACCGGACAGAAUCAUAACCAAGGCCAGGUAGCCGUUGGAAUCAUGAUUUCUGGACUUGUCUUUGAGGAAGAAGAUUUCAUCAAGCCUUGGGAAGGUCAUAAAGAUAACUUGGAGAGGUAUGCCCUACGGUGGGAGUCUAAAAAAUUGAUUGAACUGAGCACUGCAAUACAGGACUGGCUAUCUUCAAGGCUUGCUAUGGAAAUGAUGAAACAAGGUGCCAUGCUAACUGUAUUAAGCACACUUAUAGCAGCAUUUGCUAUGCCAGCGGCACUGGUUUCAGCAGCUGAUAUUAUAGACAGUAAAUGGGCUGUUGCUAUUGACAGAUCUAAUAAAGCUGGUGAAUUGCUUGCUGAAGUGUUGUUGAAGGGAUUGCAAGGAAACAGACCUGUGACACUUGUAGGUUUCUCAUUGGGGGCUCGUGUAAUUUUCAAAUGUCUCCAAUGUCUAGCUAAAGCAGGAGAAAAUGCUGGCCUAGUGGAAAGGGUUAUUUUGCUUGGAGCACCAAUAUCAAUUGAAGGUGAAAACUGGGAGGAUGCAAGAAAGAUGGUGGCUGGAAGAUUUGUCAAUGUUUAUUCACUUACUGAUUGGACGUUGGGCAUUGCUUUUCGUGCAAGUUUACUUUCUCAAGGAUUAGCUGGAAUUCAACCUGUUGAUAUUUCAGGGAUUGAGAAUGUUGAUGUUACCGAUCUAAUCAGAGGUCAUUCUUCCUAUCUAUGGAUGACAAGAAAAAUUCUGGAACAGCUUGAUCUGGAGAAUUAUUACCCAGUUUAUAGAACUAAAAAUGACAAAUCCCAGGAACAAAAUAGUUCUUUAGAACUAAACGUGCCAAAUCCUCAGAGCAAAGUAGUUCAGUAACCAGGUUUCUCUCCAAUUCAGGGAAAUAUCUAUUUUACGCUACUUAUGUCAUUAGUUAGUUCUAUAAAGUGGAUGAUUUGAAUAAAAGAUUGUGCUCUCGGAAGAAUGCUCAGAGUAUAGAAAUCCAUGGCUGAUAUAUAUACAUAUAUAUAUAUUCGUACAUUAUAAUUUACAUUUAGUUACGCCCUUGUUUGUAAGUCAUAUGCUGGCCUAGCAUGCUUUUUAACAUUGAACAGGGCAUUUUAUCUGUUUAGAGAAUAGAUAUAGACGGUAUCCAAACUAUUCUUUAUCA